GUUGCCCUCUGAUUGUACUUACAGUAUGGCCAGCUGGCUAAUCAUCGAAUCUUGCAUUCAAUCCGAUCUCACCGCAGCGUUACGCGCAUGUCAUAAGUAGCGCCAUCUACGGACUGACAAAGUCAAGUAUAUUGCUAUUUAUACGCGAUCACUGCGAAGGCAUCAGGCAAGCCUACGCGUAACAUACAAAUACAGAUCAGGAUGCAUACACACCAAAGUGCCAUCCAAUGUCGUGUUUCAAGUCAGUACCUCUCUGCCUCUUUCUCUACUUCGUUGGGGUAAUCCAAGCUGCACCUAUUAUGACUACUACUACUACUACUAUUACUACUACUAAUGACAGUGUUGAAGCCCCAUCAUUCACGACCAGAACCAUAUGGACCAUCAUCGCCAGCUCCGUUUUCACUCUAUUUGCGUGCAUAUACAGUGCCAUUCACCCUAAUAUUCCAAGUCCUAAGGACAGCCCCCUUCUUAUUCUAUGGCGACGACUUGGCAUCAUGAUAGUGGCACUAAUCGCUCCUGAACUCAUCGUCACAUGGGCUAUGCGCCAGUGGUUCAGUGCUCAUUAUACGUGGACUCAAGAACACAGCUUCUUUGUGCUGAUGGGUGGUUUCAUGCUUUAUGUGGACGGGAAGCCCUAUCACACACUACAGCCUGACGAGCUCCUCAAGCUAAUACGUGCCGGGUGUAUCGACGCCCCUACUCUAACAGUAAAGCAGAUCCACGACAAGAGCAAAGGCAAUGCAAUUUCGAAAGGAUUGACCAUCCUUCAAGUGGUCUGGUUUGUUGUGCAGCUCAUCACCCGCGCCAUCUAUCACCUCGAAACCACCCAGCUCGAAGUGGGAACACUCGCUUUUGCGGUUCUAAAUUUCCUCACUUAUGCUGUGUGGUGGAAUAAGCCUCUCGGUGUGCAAUGUCCACAUCCGGUGUACUGGAAAUCGACCGAUGUCCCUGAAAAUGACCAAGUCGCUGAACGGGGAAUCCUAUUUCCAGUCUGCCGCUCAAUUGAAGAACUGAUAGGCUCACCUCAGGCUCUCACUCCCCUAUCUCGAAAGCUCCGAGUUCCAACAUUUGAUGGAAGUAUCGAAAUCGAGGCUUCAAACCUUUUGGUUCUUCUACUUGUUGGAUUCCUUAUGGUAACAAUAUUUGGCGGCAUUCAUUGUAUGGCUUGGUUUUUUACCUUCCCCACAUACGAGGAACAGGUCCUAUGGCGCAUGAGUGCCGCUGCUAUAACUCUCACACCCUUGUUUGGUUUCCUCACUUUAUUGCUCUCCGGCUUCCCGGUAUAUGCCGUGUUGUACGCCGCAGGACGUGCCAUCCUCUUGGUACUUAUGUUCACUACUUUACGCAAUCUUCCUCCUGACGCAUACAAGGCGGUGUCGUGGACUAGUUUAGUGCCGCACUUAUAA